AUGAAGCCAACCAAACUGAAAAGGCACCUAGAAACUAAGCAUCCACAGUUAAAAAAUAAAGAUGAAUCUUAUUUUAAACGACUUGCCACCAAACUAAAGUCACAGCAGGUUGAUUUCCAAAAAUACACAACAGUUAACCAAAAAGCCUUACAAGCAUCUUUCGAGGUUUCCUUUUUGAUUGCCAAAACUAAAAAACCUCACAACAUUGGCGAGACGCUCAUUUUGCCAGCUGCAAUGAAAAUGGUUUCGAUCAUGCAAGGAGAAAAGUAUGCCAAUUUACUGAAAACAAUUCCACUAUCAAGUGACACUGUUCAUCGUCGUAUCAAUCUACUUGCUGAUGAUAUCAAAAUACAACUUAUAGAUCGCGUGAAAGGGAGUCCCUAUUAUGCUAUUCAGCUGAAUUAA